UCAUUUGACGGACAUCGUCAGAGGAAAAAAUCGGAAAAAAAUUCACGCGAUCGUGAUUAGUGUCCGGCAAAAUCGCGUGAAAAUUCACAAUUUUCACAUAAUGGGUCAAUCAAAAGGUCCCUCAAUUUAUAACUUUAAGUUUUGGCUUCUAGUGCUGGCCACAAUUUUGCACUCAACCAGUGGAUUGUUCGAGGAUCAAAUCGGAAAGUUUGAUUGGCGGCAGCACUAUGUUGGGAAGCUCAAAUUCGGAGGAUUCGACUCCAGCUCGCUGGAUCGGAUUAUUGUGGCGACGGAGAGCAAUGCACUAGCGGCAAUCAGUGCCAAGAGUGGAGAAAUCCUCUGGAGACAGCUGCUGGAAAAAAGUCCCCGAGGGGACAUAAAAUUGCUUCACAUUCCAGGCCAAGCUAAUCAGGGAGUCCAAUCUGGAGAUGGGCGAAGUAAUCGCGCCUUCGAUGUGGUCACAGUGACGGGAGUGAACCCGGCACUGGUGCGCGGUUGGAAUCCGAACACCGGAAGCCUGGAGUGGGAAUGGUCAUUGUUGCCCAACUCACCGGAAAAGGCUGAAAGUGCUGUUUGGUUUGCGGAGCAGAGCAGUUUGUAUCAAGUGGUUCCCGUGUGGGGAUCCCACAUCGAAUUAACCGAAUAUUUUGUUUCAACCGGUCAGCAAUCUAAGCCGAGUACCAGCAGAAUUUCCGCCGCCUGGAUCAAGGAAGAUAGAUGUACUCUUGCGGACAAGUUCUUUGCCUGUGCCAUUGAUCAGCAGAUUUUAGUAGUCGAUCUGUUGGCGGAAAACCCUCAAAUCAUUUCCAAGCAGUUGGAAACGGCAGCUUCGGGUUCACCCAAAGCGGUUGUGGGAGAGGCCGCCGUUGUACAAGACGGACGCAUGUACUCGCUAACGUCGGAUUUGAAGGUAGCUCUUGGCGCCGAGGGAUCCGUUCUGGUCGAUGAGGCCAUUUUGGAAGGUGAGCGAGUGCUUUUGUCUGGUACCGUCGAUAGGGUUCGGAAUGAGUUCAGAGUGACGGCAAAGAAACUGGUGGAUAACAGCCCCUUCGAAGCCAUCGAGUUUGUUGCGGAAUAUCCGGAGACGCUGGGCUCACCGGAAUUGGUUGCCGUGCGAUGUAAAACUACCGGCGGAAGCGGGCCACGCGGUAGUCAGCUGGCUUGCCGGGUGCUGGUUUCGAGCGAGGAUGGAGCCAUCACCCUUCUCCAGCAGGGUAAGUUGAAGUGGACGCGCGAGGAAGCAUUGGCCGAUGUGGAGACGGCCGACUUUUUGGACUUGACGCUGUCCGAUGCGGAGGGAGCUAUCGAAGAGGAGCUGAACAAUAAAAACGAGGAUAACGAUGUAGAAUGGGAUGUAUUCGGAGCCUUGCAACGCCGCAUUACGAGCCAAAUCAGUCACGUCAAGAACCUGGUACUGCAUGUGCUCGGUCUGGGUCCCGCACCAUCCAAAGCGCAGAAGGCCGGUUUGGUGCGAGACGACUUUGGUCUACACAAAAUGCUGGUGGUCGUAACCAGCAGCGGCAAAGUGUUCGGAAUCGAUAACAUAAGCGGAAAGCAACAUUGGACCCGCUACCUGCCGGAAAUGACCGGAUUUGCCAACGGACAGAGUAUGAAGCUGCUGGUGCAGAGGACGUCUCGUUUCUACCCUCUGAGCGCACAGUGUCUUAUCCUGGGUAGACAUCGCACCACCAAAAACGGACUUCUCUAUCAAUUCAACCCGAUUACCGGACAACCCGUUAAUGGCGGUACCAUCCAGUUGCCGUACCAGAUUCGGCAGGCCUCCUUACUGCAUGAAACUGGGCCGGAUUUCCUGCGAGGCAUUUUGCUUCUGGACGACAACAACCAAGCGCACGUUCUGCCAGAAAGUUUGGCAAAGUAUGCCAACAACUUCUACAUGUUCAGUGCCGAUCGGGAAACGGCCACCAUCCAGGGCAGCCAUGUUGAGUUCCGAAACGGGAAACUUAACACCGUUCCAACCUGGACGGUGAACCUGAGCGGCGCCGGAAGGACCCAGCAGAUCAUUGCCAUCGAAGGUAAAAAUCCGAUCGAACAUGUUCACUCGCAGGGCCGAGUGUUGGCUGAUCGAUCGGUUCUGUACAAGUACAUCAAUCCGAACUUGAUUGCCGUGGCCACCCACGGGCCGGAUAAUAUUCACAAAUAUAUUCUAAACGUGCAUCUCCUGGAUGUCGUGUCCGGCUCAAUCGUAUUUUCCAUGUCACACAAGAGAAUCCGGCCGCCGUUGCAGAUGGUCCAUUCGGAGAAUUGGCUUGUCUAUUCGUACUACAACGAUAAAGUGCGACGAACUGAAGUCACUUCGGUUGAGCUCUACGAGGGUAAAACACAAACCAAUAGCACCGUAUGGAGCUCCCUUGACGCUCCAACAAUGCCACUGGUUGAACGUCAAUCGUACGUUUUGCCGGUGGCGGUGGCCACCAUGCAGGAAACACUCACCGAAAAGGGAAUAACCAACAAACACAUUCUUUUCGGACUCACAUCCGGUGCCGUGGUGGAAAUGUCCUGGGCCUUGUUGGAUCCACGACGCCCGGUAACUUCGCCGGAGAAAGCCCGCGAGGAAGGCAUCAUCCCUUACAUGCCCGAGCUACCGAUGCCGCACGAAAUCAUCAUCAACUACAAUCAGACGAUCGCGAACAUCAAGGGCAUCGUCACGGCCCCGUCCGGUCUGGAGAGCACCUGUCUGGUAUUUGUGCACGGCUUGGACAUCUUCGUCACCCGUGUGGCACCCUCGAAAACGUUCGAUCUACUCAAGGAGGACUUUGAUUACUUCCUGAUCUCGGUGGUGUUGAUCCUGCUGACCACCACAUCCUACGUGGUGAAAGUCUUUGCCUCCAAGAAAGCCAUCAAGCAAGCGUGGAAGUAGGUGCGGCCCGUAAGUAGGCUGCAAGUAGACUGUCUGCUUCGACAGUGACGAAUUCUUGCAUUUCUAAACGUUCUAACUAUUACAACACCUAUUGAGGUAGAAGCAUUUUUUUUUUCUGUUUGCGUUGUACUGGACUAUUUAAGUUUUUGGUUGUUGAGAGCACUCGCGAUUGGAUGAGUAGGGAAUAAUGUGUUUCAGUAACUCAAGAAAGAUGUGUAGAAUAAUCUCUCGUCCCACCCUUAUCGUAUAUUACGAAUCCAUCUACUAUUAGUUUGCGAUUUUAUCCAUUUCAUGAUCUUUUAUCUGAAUUCCAUGCGUACAAAGCCAAGAGCAACGAUUUGUACCCAAACAAAUUCAGAUGGCGCCACUGAUAGUUCACUGGAAGGUUCAAUUCAGAGACGGCUGUAAAUUUGUAAUUUGACCAAAAAUAUACAUUCGGGUAAAAUAGAA